CAUAAACUCCGGGCUCGCUGUGCUUUUUUCUUUGUUUUAUUGCAAAUGAUCUCUGUAAUGUGACGUCGAGCUGCACGUCUGCAGCUAAACGAGGCAGAGGCUGGCUCGAAGUUUUGUGUUUUUUAUCAGAUGCUCCUGUUUCAUUAUUAUUAUCACCAGUAUCAUUAGAGCUGCUGAGGCGGUUUGUUCUCGGCGCUCCUGCGAGAAGUGACAAGAAUCUAGACCCCUCCUCUGCAGGGCGGAGCGUGCAUUUUUAUUUCCAUUUUGUAUUUUUUUUUCUCAGAUCCCGCUCUGACACGACUGCACUGAGUGAGUAGCAUUGGCACAUUGUCAAUCGCUCACUACGGCUGCCAUCAAACAACAUAAAGCCCUACGCAGUCAGAGACUCAGCCUCAUAAAUUUCAGGGGGCAGAUAUUUUUGCACAUCGCUUUAUGGGGUGCAAUUAAUUUUUCGCGAUUAGUUUUUCUAUUUUUCCACACUAACACUAAAAAAAACUUUUUUGAACAUUUUAUAUUUCUGUAGUCACCUUUAUCAUUCCAGCAGCGGAUGCGCAACAUUUAAUUGAUUUUGUUUGCUUAUUGGAGGAUCAUUCGCCGCAACAUUUUUUUUUCAACUAUCCACACUUCAAAUAUUCUAUAGCCUUUUUUAUUAUUAUUUUGAAUCGUUAAUUUAUUAAUUUUGCCUUAUCGUUUGUUUCCCUCGUAGCAAGUGGAUAUUUGUUCUACUGUACAUUACAAUUGGGAUUUGAACAAGUUUUCAAGAAGAAUUACGCGAGGAGACAUUAGCGCAAGAAGAUUUCAUUAACUAAAGACAUCUUCAAGGGGUUUUGCUUGUCAUUUUCUACACGUCACAUUAGAAUAAAGACGAAUUGGCAUGUGGAUUCAUACAGCGAUCACCCGAGAGCUCCUGAAUACCUGAAUACUGAACUUCAAAAUCAAAGAAGAAAAAAACAAAUCUGCUCAAUUUUCCAAGAAGACAUUCGUACCUGCGGGAUUGCGGGAGGACUCGAACCAGUUCGAGAAAGUGAUUCUUGGGACACGCGACAUCAAUAUCAUCAUUGCUAGUCACUCAAUGUGCAUCAGUUUAUUUUUUAAACCUGCGAUACAGUUUUACCGUUAAGGUUUCACGUUCUGCAAAUGCUGUAGAGAAGUUGCCUUUGCAUGUGCUUUUCCCGCGCGUGUUUACGCCUUCAGUGACAGUAGAAGUGCAUUGAUUGUGUUGCGGCUGACUAUGGACGAGCAAGCCCGGAUCAUGCAGGCUCUCGGCGGGGUGAAUUUGGCUGGCCACCCGGUGCAGGGAGGCAUGACUCUGCCGCCUCCACACGGACACGACGGGACCGAUGGAGACGGAAGAAAACAAGACAUCGGUGACAUUCUGCAUCAGAUCAUGACGAUAACUGACCAAAGUCUGGACGAGGCGCAAGCAAAAAACAGGAAACACGGACUGAACUGUCACCGGAUGAAGCCAGCCCUGUUCAGCGUGCUCUGCGAGAUUAAAGAGAAAACCGGUCUGAGUAUCCGUGGGGCGCAGGAGGAGGAGCCUCCGGACCCCCAGCUCAUGCGAUUGGAUAACAUGCUGCUGGCGGAGGGCGUGGCCGGUCCAGAGAAAGGGGGCGGGUCAGCGGCGGCGGCAGCAGCGGCGGCAGCGUCGGGCGGAGCGGCCGACAACUCCAUCGAGCACUCGGACUACAGGGCCAAACUCACGCAGAUCCGACAGAUCUACCACACAGAGCUGGAGAAGUACGAACAGGCAUGUAACGAGUUCACCACCCACGUGAUGAACCUGCUGCGGGAGCAGUCUCGCACGCGGCCCAUCUCGCCCAAAGAGAUCGAGCGCAUGGUGAGCAUCAUCCACCGCAAGUUCAGCUCCAUCCAGAUGCAGCUCAAGCAGAGCACCUGUGAGGCCGUCAUGAUCCUGCGUUCACGCUUCCUCGAUGCCAGACGGAAAAGACGGAACUUCAGCAAGCAGGCGACGGAGAUCCUGAACGAGUAUUUCUACUCGCACCUCAGCAACCCGUACCCCAGCGAGGAGGCCAAGGAGGAGCUGGCCAAGAAGUGCAGCAUCACAGUAUCCCAGGGGGUGGGAAGCACCAUCACAGUGUCCCAGGUAUCUAACUGGUUCGGGAACAAGCGGAUCCGCUACAAGAAGAACAUCGGGAAGUUCCAGGAAGAGGCGAACCUCUACGCCGCCAAGACGGCCGUUAACGCUGCCCACGCCGUAGCCGCCGCCGUGCAGAACAGCCAAACCAACUCACCCUCCACGCCCAACUCCGGCUUCCAGAUGAAAGAUGAGGAGUUCCAGCUGGACUCUGCCGAGAACAAAAACACUCUUUUAACCAACAUGUUUACUGGUUCCUCAGGGUCUUUUAGCCUCCCACAAUCUGGGGACUUGUUCAUGAGCAUGCAGGGUCUGAGUGCGGCCCCUUACCAAGGCACACAAGUCGGAGCCAAUGUGCAGUCUCAGGUGGAUACUCUGCGCCAUGUUAUCAGUCAGACGGCAGGAUACAGUGAUGGCCUCGGGGGAAACUCCAUGUACAGUCCACAUGGCCUGAAUACAAAUGGGGGCUGGCAGGAUGCAACUACACCAUCCUCUGUUAUCUCCCCAACCGAAGGACCAGGCAGCGUGAACUCUGAUACCUCGAAUUGAUUUACACACACGUAUGCACACACACACACACACACACACACACACACACAUUUCAUCCUCCCUGUUGAAGAACCCCAACUACAGCGCCCGCCACAGACUGACCAAUCAGAGAGGCCGAACCAGCCGUCAGAACCAAUCGUCUGGCUGCGUUUGUGUCCUGCGUUCAGUACUCACCCUUUUGACACGCUGUUUUAGAACUAUUUGUUAACGUCUCCUGACAUGCGCCUCAGCACGCCGGCUAUGUUUUAUAUUCUGCGUCUUAUUGGUUUACAGUGUGUCCAGUGCUGAGCAUAGGAGCCAGAGUGAGAGGAGUCUGACUGACCCAUUAAUAUAAGCCUGAUAUGAAGUGACCAAGACUAUUCAUCUGGGCUAGUCUAAUGUCACAAACCAAGACUAUUCAUCUGGGCUAGUCUAAUGUCACAAACCCAGUAUGAAGUGACCAAGACUAUUCAUCUGGGCUAGUCUAAUGUCACAAACCCAGUCAUGCUCCUUCCUGCUCUAUCAGUGGGACUGAGUACCCAAGUCUCUCCUCUGCUAUAACGUUCACUCAGUCAAUGUCUGUGUGUGUGUGUGUGUGUGUGUGUCCAGGAAGUGAGGUCAGCCCUGAGCAUCAGCGGUUCUGACCCAAACUCUGGUUCGGAACUCCUGCAGUCGGGCUGGUUAGCAGCAGCAGGGUUCAUACACGUAGUUAGCAGGACUAACAAACAGCGGAACAGACAGACAGACAGGCAGACAUACAGAAGGACAGACAGACAGACAGACAGUGAGGGGACGUCUGCUCCACACGUGUGCGGUUAACAACUCAUACAUGUGACUCAGUUGGCCUUACACCUAAAUUGUUCCCGUGUAUCAGAGGCGUCGCCAAGGCAACCAGUAUAAAUCUAACGGUGCACUCUUUUUUGGAAAGUUUUUAAAUACCCAACCCAUAUCAGCAUUUUCUCAUCGUGUAGAUCAAGGCAUCGGACAUCAUUUUACAUGUAUCAUUAUGGAUGAGGUGGAUUUUGGAUUUUUGCAUUGUAUUGAUAACUAGAAAAAAACUUUAAUAAUUUCUCAAAAAUAGCUAUGGGUCUUGCAGUUACGCCAAUUAGUUGUAGAACAUCAUUUUGGCAACGGAAGACCAUCCACACAAAAUGCGUUGUAUAUAAAAUAGCUUAAGAGUCUUUAUACAUCCCACCAAUCAGAGCUCAGCUUUAUUACCUCAUCAAGCCCAUAGAAACCAAUAGAAUUCCAACAUUCUCUAGCUUAGAAUGCUCACGUACUACCUCUAUAAAACAAUAUCACCACCAUAUUUUAUGUCUGUUUUAUUUUUUACUUUUGGUUUUCAUUUUGUUUUUUGUGCAUCUUGUAACAAACUUCUUUUUCUUCAUGUAAUCUAAUGUAUAUUUUAAUCUUCUAAGAAAACGAAGUUGCUUUGUUGCAGCUUUUAAAAAGACAAAAAUAAAAAUUGUCAAUGAUAAUAUGAUUAAAUGAAUAACAGGAUUAUUGGGGAGAGGGGAGAGGAGACGAGUGAACUUGUUUUUGCAGUGAGUUUUGAGGGAGGGGUUGGGGAAAUGUUGGACAUUACUUAACACCAAACAGUAAAACUGUUGUAAAUACUGAAGAACAUUUUGAAUGUUGAUCAUCUGUUACAUGCAAAAAAAGGAAAAAAAAUCUCAUAAGAAGAAGAAACUGUAAUGCAUAGAGGUUUCAGCGUUCAGGCUGAACGUUUUCCCCUCCUGUUUGACAGGGGGCAAACUUUCUUUCUCUUUUUUUGUAUUGUAUGUGACUCUGAAACGGAUUAAGUCAUGACAGUUUAUUUGUGGCAGUGGUUCUAAUGUAUUAAACUGUUUCGUGUUUCUUUCUUAUCAAACUACGCCCCAGACUGACAAGUCUUCCUUGUGGUAGUUCUGUGUAAUUUCAAACAUGAAUAAACGUUUUCC